AUCCCGAGAGGACAAAAAGCAAACCCUCUCCGAGCCAUUUGCGCCGAGUUGGAGUUCAUCGAGCGGUCGACAAACCCUAAAUUCGGUCCUUUCAAUCACAACUAGAAUUUCCAGCGCUUGGAGGAGAGGAUGAAUUCGUUCUCAGUCACUCGGAAAAAAACUCCCUUUCAGAAGCAUAGGGAGGAGGAAGAGGCGAAGAAGACGAGAGCGGAGGAUGAGACUGCUCGAUUAUAUGCUGAGUUUGUGGAAUCGUUUCAAGGGAGUGAUACACCGGGGAGUAAAGCUUUUGUGAGAGGAGGGAUGAUCAAUCCCAAUGAAAAUAUCAAGAAUGAUUCUGAAGGUGGAAAAUCCAAAGAAGGGAUGUCUGUACCAAAGAAGGGGAGUAGGUAUGUGCCAUCAUUUAUACCACCUGCAUCGAGAGGAAGAGAACUUGAGAAAAAGAAGGAGGAUGAAAAACCAAAGGAAAAGGAGAAGGGAAAGACACGAGUCAUUGAUAACUUUUUAGAGGAGCUUAAACAUGAACAAGAGCUACGAGAGAAACGUGGCCAAGAACGUGAACAUUGGCGUGAAGGACGUCACAUUGACAAUUCUGCCCCACCCAGCCGGUUUGAUGAACUACCUGAUGAUUUUGAUCCAAGUGGAAAGCUUCCGGGCUCAUUUGAUGAUGGAGAUCCACAAACAACAAAUUUGUAUGUUGGGAACCUUUCGCCACAGGUGGAUGAGAACUUCCUUUUGAGGACAUUUGGUAGAUUUGGACCAAUUGCUAGUGUGAAGAUAAUGUGGCCUCGAACAGAAGAGGAGCGCAGAAGGCAAAGGAAUUGUGGUUUUGUUGCUUUCAUGAACAGAGCAGAUGGGCAGGCCGCAAAGGACGAAAUGCAAGGCGUGGUUGUGUAUGAAUAUGAGUUGAAGAUUGGGUGGGGUAAAUCUGUCUCACUUCCAGCGCAGGCCCUUCCUGCUCCCCCUCCUGGGCACAUGGCCAUCAGAAAUAAGGAGGGAGGAACGGUGAUUUUGUCUGGACCUGAUGGCCCUCCAGUUACUUCUGUAACUAGCCAAAAUUCUGAAUUGGUGCUCACUCCAAAUGUUCCUGAUAUUAUGGUUCUGCCCCCUGAGGAUGAUCACUUGCGUCAUGUGAUUGACACAAUGGCUCUGCAUGUGCUUGAUGGUGGUUGUGCCUUUGAACAAGCUGUUAUGGAGAGGGGUCGAGGAAAUCCUCUUUUCAACUUUUUAUUUGAACUUGGGUCCAAAGAGCAUACUUACUAUGUAUGGCGACUGUACUCAUUUGCCCAGGGUGAUACUCUGCAACGAUGGCGCACAGAGCCUUUCAUAAUGAUAACUGGAAGUGGGAGAUGGAUUCCUCCUCCUCUGCCAGCUGCUCGUAGUCCAGAUGUUGAGAAGGACUCUACUGCUACAUAUGCUGCUGGUAGAAGCAGGCGGGUGGACUUGGAGAGGGCAUUAACAGAUCCACAAAGAGAUGAAUUUGAGGAUAUGUUGCGGGCCUUGACUUUGGAGAGAAGUCAGAUAAAAGAUGCCAUGGGGUUUGCUUUAGACAAUGCUGAUGCAGCAGGAGAGAUUGUUGAAGUUCUUACAGAAUCUUUGACUCUUAAAGAGACCCCCAUACCAACUAAGGUUGCUAGGCUAAUGCUUGUAUCGGAUAUACUUCAUAAUAGUAGUGCUCCAGUGAAGAAUGCCUCUGCUUAUAGAACAAAGUUUGAGACAACCAUACCGGAUAUCAUGGAGAGUUUCAAUGACUUGUAUCGCAGCAUCACUGGGAGAAUCACAGCAGAAGCCCUCAAGGAGCGUGUUAUGAAGGUACUCCAAGUGUGGGCAGACUGGUUUCUUUUUUCUGAUGCAUAUGUCGGCGGAUUGCGCACAACUUUUCUUCGAUCUGGGAACUCAGGUGUCAUCCCUUUCCAUUCCAUAUGUGGUGAUGCAUUGGAUGUUGAAAACAAAACUGGCAUUGGAGAUUUUUCUGAGGAAAGUAAGCUUAAUCAAGACACUGUACUUGCAAUGGGCAAGGGAGCUGCCAUAGAAGAGCUCUUACGACUUCCUCUUGCUGAACUGGAAAGAAGAUGCAGGCAUAAUGGUUUGUCCCUUUGUGGCGGUAGAGAAAUGAUGGUUGCAAGAUUGCUAAAUUUGGAAGAUGCAGAAAAGCAUAGAGGCUAUGACUGCGAUGAUGAUUUGAGGUAUGGGCAAAAUCAAUCAAGUAAAUACUCUAGAGAUGACAGCAGCUGGGCAGCAGGUAAUGCUGGACGGAGGGAGUCCAGUCUUGGAACAGAGCCAUCAGGCUCAGCUGGAUGGAAUCGACACAGUGAGGAAACGAUUCAAGUGCAUGGUAAAGGAUCAGCUUCAACUUUAGCUCCAACUCUUGCGAUUCCCCAGCCUGAGUUAAAAGCGUUUAGAAGCAAAAAGGAGAAAUCUGAUUCUGUUUUACCUGCUUCUAAGUGGAACCGUGAGGAUGAUGGUACUGAUGAAGAAGACAGAAAGGGUUCCCAAGGUUUAGGUCUAAGCUAUUCUUCUUCAGCGAGUGAGGAUGCUGGUGGUAUGGAAAAGGUGGACGAUGCUGAUAUGGUGCCUGAUGCUGGUUUUCAUCAUGACAGCGGCAUCAGUGAAGAGCAUAGAACAAAACUCAGGUGCUUGGAGGUUGCUGUAAUGGAAUAUCGAGAUUCUCUUGAAGAACGGGGCAUCCGAAGUUCAGAAGAAAUUGAGAAGAAAGUGGCAGUUCGUCUCAGAAGGCUUCAAUCUGAAUUUGGUUUAUUGGAUUCUUCAGACAGUAGCAACAAACGAUCUUCCCAGAAAAUAGAAAGGAAGGAGAGACAUGACGAUGCCCAUGAUUCUUCAAGAAAACGUCAUCGGAGUCCAAGCCCUAGUCACAGUCCACAUAGAAAAUCAUCUGUCAGGGACAAGGAAAGGGAGAGUGAUGCAACCAGAGAUCGAGAUAGGCAUCAUGACCGGAGCCGGUCACGUGAGACAGAUGGCGAAAGAUUGAGAGACCGCGAAAAGAGUGGAAGUAGGGAGAGAGAUGAGCAAGACAGGGAUAGGAUAAGAGACAGAGAUAGGGAUAGAAGAAGAAAGGGUUGAUGACGCCGCCAUACUAUACUACAUUUCAGUAGUAUUAUGAGGUGUUAUAAAAAAAGGAUAGGUUCAUCUACAAUUAGUAGAUCUUAGGACCAGAAUGCGGCAGCAACCAUUUCAUAACUUGUUAAUUUUGUUUUGGCUGCAGUUUCAUUCUCAAGUAACACUCUUUAAUUUAUUUACAACUUCUGAAAGCUUUCCUUUAUAGUUUGUUCACAUUCAUAUUGACAAAAUAUGUUAUAGAGUUGGUCUUAAAUCCAUGGUGAAGUAUUUUUAUC